CACGCGCCGUCUCAUCAGACUCUUCAAUUUGAAAGCGAUCGCGACGGAAGCAUUCGUUGUUACGCUGGCUUAAUCCAAUAUCGAGCUGUCAAAAACCAUGGAUCGGCGUACAUCGCACCCGAGUGAAGACUCGUUCAUGCUCUUCGGCAUGCGUGAACACGACAAUAAACAAAAAGGCCAUUUAGAUUAUGGCAACGGCCACCUUCAUGGACCAGCUGUGGACUUGGAAACUGCCAUCAGAGAGACUGGAUAUGGCUGGUAUCAGUUCUGGUUGCUGAUUAUUUGCGGUAGUGUCUACAUGACGUGCGCCAUCGGCACCACUACCUUGUCCUUCGUCCUUCCCGCUGCCGAAUGCGAUUUUACCCUGGACUCUGCCAAUAAGGGAGAAAUCAAUGCAACACCUCUUGUCGGGAUGAUUUUCGGCUCAUAUGUAUGGGGCUCGAUGGCGGACACGCAAGGCCGCAAAAAGGUGUUAGUCAUUUCUCUGACAAUGGACUUCAUCGCCGGGCUGCUGUCAAGUCUGGCGCCUAACUUCAUCACCUUCCUCAUCUGCCGCUUCUUCAACGGCUUUGGGAUCAUCGGUGCCACCAGCGUAUGCUUUCCCUAUUUGAGCGAAUUCCUUGCCUUCAAACACAGAGACCUCAACCUCUGCCGACUCGAGAUUUUCUGGGUGCUCGGCGUUUGCGCUGUCCCAGGUUUGGCGUGGCUUUUGAUUCCUCUUAAGUUCACGUGGACGCCGUACCCUGAGCUAACGUUCCGCAGCUGGCGCCUGUUUGUCUUCUUCUGCGGCGUGCCGAGUUUGAUCAUCGGCCUCACCCUCCACUUCUGCUUCCUCGAGACGCCCAAGUUUCUGCUUUCUCAAGGCCGCCACGACGAGGCCCUCGCGGUCCUCCGCAAAGUGUUCGUGUUCAACAAGAGGCGAGACCCGAGCGAGUACUGCGUGCGGAGGUUGGCGGCUGAGACGCACAACCUGCAGCUGAACGAGGACGGCUCCCCAAUGCAUUUCCCGCAUGAACACAAGGGAGAGAAAGCGUCACUUGGACGCAGAAUCGUGCUGAGGCUGGAGGUUCUUUGGGAUCAGAAUGUUGCUCUUUUUUCGGGUCCGCUCGCCAAGUACACUUUUCUGGCUUGCUUUAUUGACUUUGGAAUCAUGUCAAGCUACUACACGCUAAUGUUGUGGUUCCCGGAACUGCUGGAACGGUUCCACUCUUACAACAACCUGCACGGUGGGGACGCGCAGGUGUCCGGCGUGUGCGACGUCAUGGGUGUGGUGCUGGACCCAGGCGCCAACAACUGCACCAGCCCCGAACACGUGCACGGCCCUGACAACGACGUCUACCUGCACACCCUCAUUAUCGGCCUCAGCUGCCUGCCCACUUCUUUUAUGCUCGGUUACCUGGUCAGGAAGAUUGGCACCAGGAUCAUGCUCAUGCUGUUCAUGACAACCUCCGGAAUCGCCAUCCUCUGUUUGCACUUGAUCCACAACGAGAUGCAGAAUCUGGUGUUGUCGUGCGUGUUCGAAGCGUUGGCCAGCGUGGCCGAGGCGACCCUCUUUUGCGCCGUCGUCCACAUUUUCCCCACACACUUAAGAGCACUGGCAGUGUCCCUGACGGUGACGUGCGGCCGCAUAGGCGCAGUUUUGGGCAACAUUUUGCUUGGCGUGCUGCUAGACUUGAGCUGCGAAGUCCCGAUCACCACUUUCGGUGUCCUGCUCGUUGCAAGUGGAUUGCUGUGUUUGGCCUUACCGAAACCAUCAGGGGACCACCCGAGACACAGCAUUUGCAGUCACGCGCUGUAGUAAGCGCGCAUCUCAGUCGACGGCAGCCCACGUUAUUCGUGUACGUGUGCACAAUUAAUAACUUUUCUUGUUUACCCCAUACUUUAAGGCUUAGAAGUUUGAUUUUGUGUCUUGGAGUUUCUGUGCAGGGCGAGCUUCCAAUUAUUUUGGACUGUGUGAGUUUUGUGAUGGAGAUCAGUAAAAUAUGUGCUGGAAAAUAUGUCCGUUUUAUUUUUAAACUAAAAUGAGAGGUGGUAUGAAUUUUAAAAUGAGUUGAUUCGAUUAUUAAAAAUUAAGAAAAUACGCAUUGCA